GGGUUUUGAUUUCUGGGCUUUUUUUCUCCCUUUCUUUAAUUACUCCGGCGACUCCGCGUCGAGAGAACGAAGAGAGGGGAGGGCGGGCGAAUUCGCUUCUUCUCCCCCAUCUCGUCCCUAAUCCCUCUCCUUCGCGAAGGGGGAUUGGGUUCAAGAGUUAUUUGUUGUGAGUAUUUAAAGCUUCGGGCAUGGCAACAACGGAGGCGGCUCCAGCUUCACUUGGCCCACGAUUUGCGCCAGAGGACCCGACACUCCCAAAGCCCUGGAAAGGGCUGAUCGAUGGAAGCACUGGUCUCUUGUACUACUGGAACCCUGAAACAAAUGUCACCCAGUAUGAGAGGCCAGCUACCUCAGCCCCUCCACUGCCGCCCGGUCCUCCUCCCUCGGCCUCCUUGCCAAACUUAGCCCCAAUACCCAGUGCUCGCACCGUACAACAGCAGCCUCACCAACAAAUGGUUCAGCAGGCAGGACAGCAAGUGCAGCAACAACAGCCAAGUCAACAGGUUUUUCAGCAAGAAGGCCAGCUAACUCAACAACAGCAGCAGCUGAGCCAGCAAUUGCCACUUCAGCAGUCAGGUCAGCAGAUGGCGCUUCAGCAAACCCAGCAGAUGUCAUAUCAGCAGCCACAGCAAAUGCCAAGUCAGCAGUUUGCACAGCAGCAGACCCCUCGGCACUUCUCACAAGUGCAGCUGCAGCAGAUGCCAUACCAGCAAAUUUCUUACCUUCAAGGGCAGCUUAUGCCACGCCCUCAGGGCCAGCAACAACAGGGCCUGCAAUUUUCUUCUUAUCAACAGGGGCAACAAACACAAGGGCCUCACGUGCCAUACCAGCAGGGGCAGCAACCACAGGGAUCACAUAUUCCUCACCAACAACAAGUGCAGGAGUCACAGAUGAUGCUACAGCAGCAACCACAGGGGUCGCAAGCCUCACACUCCCAGGGCCUUCAAAUUACCACUCAGCUGCUCCAGCACCCACAGGGGCCUCAAAUUGCACAGCAGCAGGGGCAACAAUCACAGGGUUCACAUAUCGGAAACCAGCUUGAGCAGCAGAAACAAGGGCAGCAAGUUGGGCUCCCGAGGGUGGAGGAAGCAACUCGCCAAGAGGGAAAACAGGCUGGUCUUUCUGUGCCUCAGGCUCAACAAAGCAGUCUGAUGUCCACGAAUCAUCACCUUCCAAGUUCACUUCCUCAGGUUAAUAUAUCACCGGUGGGAAGCCGUUCAAUUCAACCACAGCAACAGUUGGGUGGGGCAUCUCCUGUUAGUGCACAGCAGAAUUCUUUAUAUCAAUUGCAGCCUGUAGGAAUGGACACAAGCUAUCGGCAACAGCAAACAGGUGGCCCCACAAUUCCGAAUCAGCUGGGGCACACGAUGGUCCGUUCUUCUAUGGGAUUGAACAUGGGUUAUGAUGAUGAUCAACAUGAAAGAGGGAGAACGGAAUUUUAUUCUUCCCGAAGAAUGGAAGAGCCAAUGAGGCUUCCACAGCAAUCCCUUGCACGGAGUCAACCGGAUAUGAGAGUGAGUCAUCAGUUUAUCCCCCCAGGUCAUUCAGGUGGACUGAAUAUGUUGCCACAGCAUCCUAUGCCAAACUUGUACAGUCAUGCUGCCUUUCCCAAUCCAGCUCCCUUAAGACCACCUGUAGGAAUGUUUGGCUCAUCAGAUUUUCCAAAUAUCUCUGCAGCUGAUGCAUAUCGCCAGCACCACGAGGUUACUGCAAUGGGCGACAAUGUUCCUGCACCAUUCAUGACGUUCGAGUCCACUGGCUUCCCUCCGGAGAUACUUAGAGAGAUGCAUUUGGCUGGAUUUUUGUCUCCCACACCGAUACAGGCGCAGACAUGGCCAGUUGCACUACAAAAAAGAGACAUAGUAGCAAUUGCCAAAACCGGUUCCGGGAAGACCCUAGGCUAUUUAAUUCCUGCAUUUAUUCAUUUGAGAAGAUGUCGAAAUAACUCUCAGUUCGGUCCAACAGUGUUGGUUUUGUCUCCGACUCGGGAGCUUGCUUCACAAAUACAAGAAGAGGCAAUCAAGUUUGGUCAUUCUUCUAGGGUUUCUUGCACGUGUCUAUAUGGAGGAGCUCCAAAGGGUCCUCAGCUAAGAGAAAUUGAACGAGGGGCAGAUAUUAUAGUGGCAACACCUGGUCGGCUUAAUGACAUCCUCGAGAUGAGGAGGAUCAACUUCCGCCAAGUUUCUUUUCUUGUGCUUGAUGAAGCAGACCGUAUGCUUGACAUGGGUUUUGAACCUCAGAUACGAAAGAUUGUGAAUGAGAUUCCUCCACACAGGCAGACUCUUAUGUACACUGCAACUUGGCCUAAGGAGGUGAGAAAAAUAGCUGGGGAUCUACUGAAGAAUCCUGUUCAGGUGAUUAUUGGCGGUGUAGAUGAACUUGCUGCAAACAAAUCUAUCACACAGUAUGUGGAGGUGGUUUCACCUAUGGAUAAGCAGAGGCGCCUGGAGCAGAUUCUUAGAACCCAAGAACGUGGAUCCAAAAUCAUCAUCUUCUGCUCAACAAAGAGGCUGUGCGAUCAGCUGGCCCGCAGUAUUCGUACUUAUGGCGCUGCUUCCAUUCAUGGCGACAAGUCUCAGGGUGAAAGGGAUCAUGUCUUGUAUCAGUUUCGCACUGGGGAGGCACCGAUUCUAGUUGCUACUGAUGUUGCUGCACGGGGUCUAGACAUAAAAGAUAUCAGGGUGGUGAUUAAUUAUGAUUUUCCUACGGGGAUUGAGGAUUACAUCCACCGGAUUGGACGAACUGGGAGGGCUGGGGCUACUGGAGUAUCUUACACCUUUUUCUCAGACCAAGAUUGGAAAUAUGCUGCUGACCUAGUAAAACUUCUUGAAGGUGCAAACCAACAUGUUCCACCAGAGAUUCGGGCAAUGGCUGCACGCAGUGGGCCCCUCGUCCCCAGGCCACGUGCUGGGAUGAGCCGCUGGGAUUCAGGUGGCAGUGGCAGAUGGGACUCUGGAGGUGGGCGAGGAAUGAGGGAUGGUCCUGGUGGCUUUGGUGGUCGUGGGGACUUUGGAGGUGGUCGGGGCAUGAGGGAUCGCCCUGGUGGCUUUGGUGGGCGUGGCAGUAGGAAUGAUUUCUUUGGUGGGCGUGGGCCUAGAGGCCGUGGAUUUGGAUCAGGUGGACCUGGAGGUUGGGGCCGGCAUGACCGUGGCCCACAUGAUCGAUACAUCAAUCCUGAUGGACGAGGCCGGUAUGAUGUUCGCAGGGGGUUUGGAGAGAGGAAUAGAGACCGCAGUUAUAGUCGAAGUCCAGAGAGAGUUAGGACAUGGGGUUACGAUAGAAGUAGGAGUGAGAGCAGUAGGAGCAGGAGCCGAAGCAGAAGCCGGAGCAGAAGCCGAAGUCGAAGCCGAAGCAGGAGUUGGUCAAAGAGCAGCAGGAGCAGGAGCAGGAGUCGAAGCAGGAGUUAUGAUAGGUAUGAGAGGCCUCGCGGGCAGGAUUAUGACCACUCUCCCAUGCCUGCUGCAGCCACAGCUGCCACUGGAUUUGAUCCUCCAGCGGUGGCUGAACUGGAAGCUCCACCUGUACCUGAGUUUGAUUCUUCUUUACCUCUGUCGGGUGAUAUGUCACCCAUGUCACCAGGGCAGAAUAAUGGAUCCUUCCCUAGAACUGAGCUUACCAGUCAGCUUCCUGGACCUGUUGGUGGGAGGCUUGACUUUCCGGAGUCUGGAGUCUCUCCGGAGCUGCCUCCACAUCAAGUAGCCGAUCUGUAAUGCAGCGCAGUUUUGGAGAUGUAAAAUCUUUUUACAGGAUUUUAUUUGACUGAAAAUCUUGUGAAGGAUUAGUAACUCUGGAGGGGCUGGCGAGGAGGCUUUAAUGGCUGAUGGAUGCCCUUAUCGCAAAAAAUUAGUUUUUUUUUUUGGUUUUCUGGAAAGAGCCGCUAAACCAGGGAUUAAAAUGGUGACUCAACGGAGGGUUAUUAUAUGAUAUUUUUAUCAGUAGAACCGGGGGGUAUUGAUAUGAAUUUUCUCAAGGAAUGUACAAGUUCUACCUGCUUUCAUAAGUUUGAUUUGAACGUCGUUUGAUUUUAA